UUGAACGCACCCCUGUAUCACCUGCAACCCACCAGAGUUCAGUGCAAAUGGGCGGCGUUUUACCCGGGACAACUUACACCUAACGCUGCCUUUCAACCAAUAUUAUCCGCUUGUCAGUGAGGCGCCGGCCCGAGCCCCAUGGCUGUAUUAAUGUUCGACCGUCAGUGUACGUCGGGGCCGCUGUACUGGGCGUGUUAAGGCUCGCCUGUCGGUGGUGAUACGGCCCGCCGUCCUGAGCGCUGUCAGCUGCGGUAGGUAUCCCUGCUAACGCCGACAGCUCCAGGAGGAACCAGGGAGGGGAGGACGAUGCCUUGGCUGAGAUGAGUGUGAAGGCUUUUGAGCUAGUCCCCGCUGUGGAGCGAGAUCUCCUCAUGGGCGACAAGGCUCGCAUCAACAUUGAAUGCAUUGAAUGCUGUGGAAAGCACUUGUACAUGGGUACCAAUGACUGCUUCAUCCACCACUUCCUGCUGGACGAGGUCACUUCCUCCAAAGGUAAACUGAGUUACUCAGUUCAGAAGCUGCUGCACAAAUAUCUGGGCCUCAAGAAACCGGUCGCUGAGCUGCGUGCUGCCUCCGCUUUGGAGCGCCUGAUAGUGCUUUGCGAUGGAAUAGUGUUCCUCGUUGACAUGGUGACACUGGAGACUGUCCCCUCGGCGGCAGGAGGCGGAGCCAAGAUCAGAGGUGUAACGGCGUUCUGCAUUAAUGAGAACCCGGUGAACGGGGAUCCGUUCUGUGUGGAAAUGGGUGUGCUCUCCUCCAAGCGGCGGACAGUGCAGAUUUACAUGGUGUAUGAGGACAGAGUGCAGCUAGUCAAGGAGGUGACCACCCCUGAGCAGCCCUGUGCCGUCAGUCUUGAUGGCUACUUCUUGUGCCUGGCCCUCGCUACGCAGUACAUGAUUCUGAACUACAACACAGGAGCCUCCCAAGACCUCUUCCCUUACAACAGUGAGGAGAGGAGACCUAUUGUUAAGAGAAUCGGCAGGGAGGAGUUCCUUUUAGCAGGACCCGGUGGUCUAGGAAUGUUUGCCAAUGCUGAAGGAGUAUCUCAGCGGGCUCCAGUCAACUGGUCAGAGAGCGUGAUUGGUGCUGCUGUGUGUUUUCCGUACGUGGUGGCUUUGGAUGAGAGCUUCAUCACCAUCCACAGCAUGUUGGACCAACAGCUGAAACAGACACUUUCAUUCAGGGAUGGACACAUUCUGCAAGACUUUGAAGGAAAGGUCAUUCUGGCUUCCACUAAGGCAGUGUAUGUCCUGGUACCCCUGCCACUGGAGAGACAGAUCCAGGAUUUACUGGCCAGUCACAGAGUGGAGGAGGCACUCAUCCUCACAGAAGGAGCACAGAGAAAUAUUCCCAAAGACAAGUUCCAGAUUUUGCACAAAAGAAUCCUCCAGCAGGCAGGUUUCAUACAGUUUGGCCAACUUCAGUUUCAAGAAGCAAAAGAACACUUCAGGAAGGGUCAGCUGGAUGUGCGGGAGCUGAUAUCUCUCUACCCAUUGCUGCUGCCAGCUUCCUCCUCAUUCACACGCUGCCAUCCUCCUCUCCAUGAGUUUGCAGAUCUCAACCACCUGGCACAGGGUGACCAGGAAAAAGUGCUGCGAUGCAAGAAAUUCCUUAUCAGUUAUUUGGGAGAGGUACGAAGCACAGAGGUGGCCAAUGGCUGUAGAGAGGAUGUGGACACUGCACUGUUAAAGCUAUAUGCUGAGCAGGAUCAUGACAGCCUUCUAGACCUGCUAGCUUCAGACAAUGCCUGCCUACUGGCAGACAGCGUCCCAUGGCUGGAGAAAUAUCAAAAAUAUUUUGCACUUGGGCUGCUCUAUCAUUAUAAUGGUCAGGAUUCAGCAGCACUUCAGUUGUGGAUUCGCGUGGUAGAUGGAGAACUGCAGGAUUCCACAAGAUCUGACCUUUAUGAGUACAUUGUGGACUUUCUCUACUCCUGCUCCAAUCUGGACCUUGUAUGGAAGUAUGCAGACUGGGCGCUGCAGAAGAAUCCCACCAUAGGUGUCCACAUCUUCACUAAGAGGCCUGCCAGUAAAGAUCAGUCACAGUUGAACCCCGAUGAUGUCAUCACUUACCUGGGAAAGCACAGCCAGGCGCUGCUUCUCUACCUGGAACACCUGGUGCUGGAGAGAAGGACACAGAAAGAGAAGUUCCACACACACCUGGCUGUGUUGUACCUGGAGAGGGUCUUGUCAUUAAUGUCAAAGAAGCCAACAGAUGAAGAGCAGCUCACGAGAGCUAGAGAGAGGCUCCAAGCCCUGCUCAGGGAGUCCAACCUAUACCGUGUACAGUUUCUUUUAGGUAAGAUGGAGAACUGUGAAGAACUGCUGCUAGAGCGAGCAACACUACAUGGAAAACUGGAGGAGCAUGAUAAAGCACUGCACAUAUUGGUGCACAAGCUCAGAGACUUCCCGUCUGCUGAGGCCUUCUGCACGUGGGCCUCCUGUUCUCAGGAUUCAGCUUACCGACAGCAGCUAUUCCACCUGCUUUUAGGGGUGUAUCUAGACGGGAACCAGACUGCAACAGGAGGUGGUGCUGGAGACCUGGAGAUGGCAGCAGUGGACCUCCUAAAUCGUCACGGCGAGGUGUUUGAUGCAGUCCGCGUCCUGCGCAUGCUCCCCGAGGGCUGGUCACUGCAGCUGCUGCGGCCCUUUCUGGGUCGAGCUAUCAGGGCCAGCAUGCAUGCCUGCCGCACCUCCCAGAUCGCUCUGGGGCUAUCCCACUCUGAAAACCUUCAACUGCUGCAUGAUAGGCUGAAAGAGCGGAAGAAACCUAUCUUUGUGUCUGAAAAGAAGGGAUGCCAUCUGUGCCACAACACCUUCAGUGAGCCUGACGUGGUGUCUCUGCCAGGUGGAGUGCCUGUCCACACUCACUGUGUCGCCCAGAGAGUAAGAGACUCUCCCACAAAGAGACAGUUAACUAAUAGCAGUAACCAUACGUGAAACUUGACCCUUGAAACUUCCAUGUGAUCUGUGAUCAGAGGCAACCAUCUAAAGCAUGACACGCUGAGUUUUUGGAUGGCUGAGGUCUGUGGGGAAUAGCAAAAAGCACAGCAUUAUCAUAGUAGAAUCUGCUAUGAAGUGUGAUGAGAAACACAAAGAAAGCUGUGGAGUGUGUAUGUGUGUGAGAGUGCAAGGGAGAAAGAGAUGAUUUCAUCUACUUAUUCCUGUGCUGCAAACACCUUCAGACUGCAAGUUUUUAUAGAAGUAAGCACCCGGCCCUUUAAUCCAUUUAAACAUGUAAUUAAUUAAACACAGGCUCCCGUGCUUAUCUGUGGGUUGAGUGCUGUACUGGUCAAUGUCUCUGCUUGAACAGUUUUAAACCUGAAUUUAAGGAAACAGAUUGAACUACAGAACACACGAUAUGAAACCUGUUGCAAAUAUUUCUGAAGCAUGCAUAGUAUUACCACUCCUGUGGUUCUGGUCUAAUCACCUCAUAUAUAAUGUAUUGAUAUUGUCCUAACUUGCACAUUGCAGUGUUGGGAUUUAAUGUGAAAUACUACAAAAUAUCAACACACAUCAGUUCUGAUUGAAACUCUGUUAUGUCUGUCUUUUACUCUGAAAUCUGGUCUCACUGCUGCUUUAUUUUCCUCUCAGCCAUAAGGCCUCUGGAUGUUGCAUUCACAGUUUUUCAGUUGCCAACAACAAUUUGAUCCAAACCCAUUUCAAUUUUGAAUGUCCUGUUGUCAAGGUUAGGGACCUUGUCUCUGUGUAUCGUCUGUGGAUUAACAGCUAUAAAACACUACAUGAAACCUUAGAUUUCUCCAUUAAUCAUCAAUAACUGUAACUUGGGAUUUAAUACUCAAAACUGCAUUAAGGACCAAUCAGAUUGACCUUCUAAAACACAAAUCAAUCAUUACUGAGAAUAUAUCAGUAGACACAUUGUGAAACAUGACAGCAAAUGUCAUGGCUCAGAUUUAAGUGUAAUGUGAAAUCAAGCUUCAUGAAUUUUGUCUGGUUCUUAUUUUUAUUCUUUUUGAGUAACAAAUUAAAUAUAAAGGGACCUUCACUGCCCACCUGCUGGACACAUUUUGUUUGACCAGGGUACGUACAUAAAGUGAUCAAUGCAAAACAAGUGUCAGUCCCAGUGAAAAUGAAAACUUCAAUAGUUAGGAGGGACAAGGAGGUAAUUUGUUCAAAAUGUGAAUAGAAAUUUUCAAUUUUCAUAAGAAUGUUACAAGAAGAGAUGAUUGUAAUUAUCUGUGGGUAAUUCAGUUAUUUUUCACAUCUAAUACAACUUACUUGAUGCAAAAGAUGUAGUGUCCCUUUUUUUUAAAUUUAAGCUGUAAAGAGGUAUUUGACCACAAGAUGGCAGUAAUGUGUAGAAUGUUUAAAACAAAUGCAAUGAACUAGAGGUGGAACAUUAUAGAAAUUACUUUCAGUCUUUACAAUUUCUCUUCUAAAUGUCCUGAGUAUAUUGGUUAAAAGGAAAUGUGGAACUGUGCUAUUAACAUAUUUUGCUAGAUGAAAUUAUGAAAUUACAAAGUAAUUGCUCCUACUGUUGGACACUGUGACAGUGUGCAGCAUUAACAUGAAACCUCCAGAUUAAGGAAUUGAUGUGGACCAGGAGGACUUUCUGUCACAUUCCUAAUGACGACACCGGACUGCUCAUAACCCCUAAACCUUUUAUUUUUAAUGUGUGGAAAUUGUGAGAAAACUGUAUCAUCCACACAGCAAGAGCAACACGUGGCUUGAUACAUCUCAGUUUCCAUAACUGCCUCCCCCAGAGUGCUAGGCUUUAACCUUUUCAUCACAACACUCCUCUUGAAAGCGGAAAGAAACUAAAGUCGGCCAUAUUAUAUCAUAAUAAAGCCCAGAAAUUCUUUACAGGCUUGUCAUCACAGAACACUGCUUUGUCCUUUAGUGCUUUCCAAAUGUCGUGUAUGUGUCGGAUAACAAUAAAGUGCAGCUUGGACCUCAUAAAUGUUUCUCCCAGAUGGACAUAACUAAUGGAAGGUGCAUAAUGUGUUUGUGUAGCUAAAUUGUGUGAACAGUGAAAAUCAGGGUCGUAUUCCUAAAUGUCUCCCGGAGGUGAUGCUUUGCUCAAAAGUUAUUUGAGAUGGACGAAGACGCAUGAAAACCCUGAUAAAAACUUAACAUGGUUUAUAAAGCUGCUGUACACUGAAUACACUCUUUAUAAAGGUAAAUCAUUGUGUACCUCCAUAUUUUAUUUUUCAUAUAACACUUAUCUCUCCGAGAAAUGUUACACUAUCUGUCUCAUGAAAGAUGCCCAUCCAGAUUUUACGUUAUAAUAAAAGCAAUUUUGAUGGUCGUAACUUCUUUAAGAUCUGAAGAUGUGAAAAUGAAUCAUUACCCUUUACACACUACAAACUGUGCAAGUUGUUCAUCCAAACUAGUUUUGAAAAAGAGAAAAUCUGUCAGUAUUCCCAUUCUUUUAAUUGACAACCGAAGCAAAAACCAAAACAAAAGACGUGUCUCCUCAAUUGUUUAUUUUGAACUCAUUUACGGUCCAACUUCCUGAAACGCAUCACUUUUGUGGGUUUUCGCUUGUUUCUCUGGUGCCUGUGCUGUUGAUGCUAGCCUUCUGUGAUUGCAACCCAUUUCUGUAGGGAACUUUGUGCAAACGUGGGACUAUUUUUCUAACAUGGAGAUCUGAAUAUUGUAAUUACUGUGGGCUUGACUCACUUUCCAUGACAGAAACUCACAGCUUAUGCACCGCAUCUUUCCGUCUGAACAGUUGAAGUGUAGCUUGCUUAAAAGGCCUCCUAACCAUGACUUCAAACAAUUUAAAAAAUACAGUACAGUUGUGUUAAAAAAAAAGAAUGCUAUUGUAUUUUAUAAAUAUAUGUAUACUGGUAUGUAUAUACUGCAUUUGUACUGUUUGUUGCUUUCUAAACCAAUGCCAAUGUGGAUGGGGUGUACAAACUGUAAAUCCGUCCCACUUUAAUAAACAUGAAACUGUA